UGAAAAUAAAAAUGUGCUUUUUGGUCUUAAUUUAAGGUUAUGUCUAGGCAUAAGGUUAGCAGUGUGGUUAAGGUUAGGGUUAAUGUUAGGUUUAAUAUCACAUUUUAAGAAGAUCAAUUGUAGAAAUGGGCGGAGUUUUUGACUUUGUGACUGUGGUAGCUAGUGACGACCAAAACACUGGUAGGUCAACGUGUGGUUGCUUUUGAGUAUCAAAUGACAGAAUUAUCCUUAUUUUCUUUAUUCCAAAAAUGUAUACUCAGUUAUGAAAGUGUUUGGAGCAAUAGUAGAGGACAACAGCAAAGACGAGCGAAGCAGAUUUAUGUACAAAUAGCUAGCUAUCAAGAAUUUGCUCCUGAAUGCCAUAACCUCAAACAGUCUAAAUAGCCCAAAACUCUCUCCCCUAGAGAAGGGACCAGUGCCAGACAAUCAUGGGACCCUCAGUACUCUUUCCGCUUCUCCACCGCCUGUCCUCCCCCUUACGAACUGUCACCCCAACAUGGGGCCGAUGCCUCCUCCGCCGGCUACCCCCACCAUCCUGCACUCGUACCCCUUGCACCACCUCAUUCCCUGGGCUUAACUCCCAACACAUCCGCGGUAUGUGUGUGGAAUCCACCCUCAGCCACAUCAAGGAGCUGAGUCCACCAGAGCAGAGGCUGUUGAAUAAGCUGUAUGAAGGACUGAUCUCAGGUCAGCGGGCCAGUCUGGCUGAGUCCAUUACCCUGGUGGAGACCCAGCACCCCAGGAAGAAAGAGCUGGCCCAGGUCCUGCUGCAGAGAGUACUGGCCUACAGGAAGGAGCAGGAGAAACAGAACGGAGGGAAACCCCUGGCCUUCAGAGUGGGUCUGUCUGGCCCACCCGGAGCUGGGAAGUCCACCUUCAUUGAGGUGGUGGGGAAGAUGCUCACAGGACAAGGACAUAAAGUCUCUGUUCUGGCUGUCGACCCUUCAUCGUGCACUACAGGAGGGUCUCUGAUGGGUGAUAAGACUCGUAUGACUGAGCUCUCCAGAGACAUGAGUGCUUUCAUCAGACCCUCCCCCACCUCUGGAACACUGGGAGGAGUCACCCGGACCACCAAUGAGGCCAUAGUACUGUGUGAGGGGGGCGGAUACGACAUCGUUCUGGUAGAGACUGUAGGCGUAGGCCAGUCAGAGUUUGCUGUGGCUGACAUGGUGGACAUGUUUGUGUUGCUGAUCCCACCAGCAGGGGGCGAUGAACUACAGGGCAUUAAGCGAGGCAUCAUAGAGAAGGCUGACCUGGUGGUGGUCACUAAAGCAGACGGAGACCUGUUAGUUCCAGCCAGGAGAAUCCAGGCAGAGUAUACCAGCGCUCUGAAACUGCUCAGGAAGAAAUCAAAGUCCUGGAACCCUAAGGUAGUGCGUGUGUCAUCCCAGACAGGCGAGGGUGUACCAGAGCUGUGGGGUAAGAUGGAGGCGUUCCGUUCAGCCACCCUGUCCAGCGGGGACUUCCAGGACAGACGUAGGGCCCAGCACAAGGUGUGGAUGUGGAGCCUGAUCCAGGAGAAUGUCCUGAGGCACUUCCAGGAACACCCUGCCGUCAGGGGGGAGCUACCCCAGCUAGAGGACAGGGUCACCAGGGGAGCUAUAUCACCGGGCCUGGCGGCUGAUCUGUUACUGAAGGCCUUCACCUCUUCUUCAUCAUCCUCCUCCUCACAGUGACCUAGCUGAAGUGGAGAUCUAAUACCAACAGCAUUAUCCAUAUACUGUAAUAUUGAUUACUCUUCUCGCCUUCUCAGAUCACUGCUCUGUAAGGACGAUUGAUUGGUGAUGAGAGAAGGGAAGGAAUUCUAGGUCUUGGUCCCCCACCCAAUGCCACACACAACACACUGCCUUCAAAUUGAAACACUGACCUACGUUCUCAUACAAGAGACUUGACAUUGCAGUUUAUCGGUUUAUACUUGAAGAGUAUCAAUGGAUGCAGUUUGAUAGAUUUUAUCAUAAUCAAUGAGUUGAAUAAAUUAUGAAAUGAA